GCCCAGGGAUGUCUAAGCCGCAAUUUGGGUUUGCAUGUUGACAUGUGAUGGUUAAUUCGCAGGCCCAGAUUACUCCUGGUUUUUAGGUCAAACAGAAACGUACUUCAUCGCAGAUAGGAGCAGAUUUGAUUUUACAGGUGCAACGUGAAGUAAUCAAAGCAGCCAAAGUCUUGCACCAACUCUGCGAUAAACGGAAACCUUUACGUUAUUUGGUAGCAUCAUUGUGGACGUAGGCUACUCACUUUAAAUACUUUAUAAUGUGCGCAAUUUGUAUAUAAAGGUGCAACCGUCCAUAUAUUGCGAACUGGUGCGCGCUGGACUCUGGUGGAUUUGAGGGCUUGUCUGCGUGCCACCGUGUCUGCGAAGCGAUCGUUAUCGGCGACCGUGAUUGAACUGGCCAAAGUGCAGCGAGACUUCGCGCAGAUACUCGACGCGUUUCCGAGCGCGGGACGCCGUGGGACAGGGGACUCUUAUUUGGGGGACAAGCGGUCCAGCCCUGACGGUGACAGGUAAUGGUGGCAACCCGAGGCCCACGGGGCUGCAAGUUAGCAGGUACAGGCUGCUGAGAUGGCGCGGGAGACGAAGCAGUGCACGGAGUUCGUGCAGAAGCUCAGCGUGCUGCAGUGGGUCCUCACCUUCCUGUUCAUGGGUGUGGCCUGUACUGUGUUGAUGGUAUAUCUGCUGUUCACCUCUCUGUGGCUCUUCCCCGUGCUCUACACCAUCUGGAUGCUGAUUGACUGGAACACUCCUGAGAGAGGGGGCAGGCAGGUUGAGUGGGUGAAGAACUGGGCUGUGUGGACACACCUCAGAAAUUACUUUCCUGUGAAGAUUGUGAAGACGGCCGAGCUGAGCCCCAACAGGAACUACAUCCUGGGCUCACACCCCCACGGGAUCAUGUGUGCAGGGGCCUUUACCUCCUUCUGCACCGGCUGUUCCGGAUUCUCCCAGGCAUUCCCGGGAAUGCGCCCUACCCUCGCCAUCCUGGCCGGGCUCUUCAAAAUGCCCCUGUACCGGGAGUACCUCAUGAGCGCAGGCAUGUGUCCGGUGAGCAGGCCCAGUCUGGAGUUCCUUCUCUCGGGGAACGGUACGGGCAACGUGGUGGUGAUUGUGAUAGGGGGCGCUGCUGAGUCUCUGGCUUGCUUUCCGGGGAUGAACACCGUGGUCAUGAGACAGAGGAAGGGCUUUGUGCGGCUGGCCCUGGAGUGCGGGGCUGACCUGGUGCCAGUGUACUCUUUCGGGGAGAACGAGCUGUUUAAGCAGGUGGUGUUCCCGGAGGGCAGUGUGAUGCGCGUGCUGCAGACCGCCUUUAAGAAGGUCAUGGGGUUCGCUCCCUGCCUGUUCAUUGGCCAGAGCUGGGGCCUGGUGCCGUACAGCGUCCCCGUCACCACCGUCGUGGGGAGCCCCAUUUCCGUGCCCCAGGUCUCCCGCCCCUCAGAGGAGAUGGUGGAUCACUACCACAGCCUGUACAUGGAGGCGCUGACUCAGCUCUUUCACGCGCACAAGACCAGCUGCGGCCUGUCUGACACCCACCAGCUCCAAAUCAUCUAGAGCCCCACCCUGCACCCCCUGCAGAAGGCUCGCUGAACCCCUGCCCCGUCCCGUGCCCCGUCCCGUGCCCCCUCCCGAAUCGGCACAUGCCACCAAAACGCCUAAUCUGUACCAGAGUUUUAAACUGGGGUGCCUCGGCAGUGGUCCUGGAGACCCAUAGUCCAGCAUUCUCAGAGCCCAAGAUGACAGUCAGUUAAACCAGAUGGUUUGUGUGGCCCUGUAGGCCCUGUAACCCACCUAGCUGCCGUCUCUUCAGGUGUCAUGUAAGCAGAUACAGCUGCGUCUGCCGUUUGUCUUAAAUGACCAAUGAAAACCCCCGUGUCUUUCCUUUUUAAAUUAUCAUCCCCUCCCAUGUGUAAAGUACAACAUGACUUUAUAUAUUCAAAAUCUCAUUCCUGAAGUGUGUCAAGAUUUUGGAGAUACUUUGAACAAAAUGAAUGUGUUCCAGGGAUUACACUUGGACUGAAUAUCUUCUGAGAGAAUUCAUGCUGUCAGGAGUCGCUGGUGCUUCCAAGAAUAGAAUACCCUUAAUGCUCAAAUAAGAACUAAAACGGCUUUAAACCAAAUCUUAAGAGACAGAAUGAGUAUAUUUAACUGCCUUUGUUGUGGUUUUGUGGUCAUGAAUAGGCUCCUUACUGUCACCAUCUGUCUUUUGGUGUCAAAUUGACAGGAUUAUGUGGGAGGGGCUGUGAUUGGUGAAUGCUGUUUCUCAUAGCCAAUCAGAACUUGAUUUGAAUGAUGCUGUUGAAGAGGAAUGUCUGGAUGCUUUUCUCAUUAGAUAUGAGGAUAUCUAGAGGGUGAUUGCGUCAUGGUGGAAGGCUUUGUAUUACGAGAACCCUUUGUGAUGGAAUUUAAAAAUAUAUUCUGUAUUUCUAAUCGCAGUUAAACACACUGGUUCUGUUCUGCUUUGGGAAAAGCUUUACAGAUCCAGCAGUGUACCUAAUGUAGUAAUUCAGUACCACAUCUAACACUGGGAGUGUGUUGUGUGUUUGCGCUGUCUCUUCUGACGAGUUAAAAGCCAAAGAUCAUUCUGCUUCCCUGGGGGAGUUUCACCCAUGAAUAUGAACAUGUGUAAAAAAUGCCUUAAAUAAUUAAAUUAGACCAUCUUGCCCAUUUUCGCAUAAAAUGUAUGCUUAUGUUUUGCCAGAGUGCUUUUUUGUAAGGGGUAUCACAACUGAAAUCUCACAGCUGAACUUGUUUGCAUGAAAGAAAGCAAAGCAAUCAGCUGUUCAGAAUCUUAAAGGGUAAUUACACCCUAGCCAGGAAUAUAAUGGCGUAAAAAAAUGCCUUAAUUAAAACUGUGUAAUCCAGGAAAA